AUGAGAUACUUUUUGACUUACCUGUUUGUGCUCCUGCUAGCGUUAGCGAUACCCAUAUUUUCGAUGUACUACUUACUGACUGGAAAGGGUGAGCAGAUAAGUUUAGGAUGGUUCCUUGAAAAUACCUCCCCCUACAUGUGGGGUACCCUAGGAAUAGCAUUUGCUGUCGCCUUCUCAGUCGUGGGGGCAGCGAUGGGCAUCCACACAACAGGAGUAAGCAUAGUUGGAGGCGGUGUCAAAGCUCCAAGAAUCAAGACCAAGAACUUAAUUUCCGUCAUUUUCUGUGAAGCUGUGGCUAUUUAUGGAUUGAUUACAGCUAUUGUGCUAUCUGGUAUGCUUGAACAGUACAAAGAGCCAUUCUUGGAUUCAUCAAUCAAGGAACAAAACUGGAUGGCUGGAUAUGUGAUGUUUGGUGCUGGUCUGGCCGUUGGGCUUGUAAACUUGUUUUGCGGUAUCUCAAAAGUUAAACUUGAAAAUAAGUUGUACAAAAGCACUGGACCAUUCUGCCCCGACCUUGACUUGGACCAUCUGACACAACCAGUGCUAAUUAAUAUUUAUCCAAAAAACAACUUUAAGCUUUCAAGUUUUCAA